ACACACACACACACACACACACACACAUUCGCUGUUCAUCCGAGGGUACAUAAAGGAUUGCACUUCUUCUUCGCCUGUCUUCGGGCUCCAGCACUGUGUGUGUGUGUGUGAGUGUAUGUGUGUGUGCAUGAACUAAGCUUGUCAGUGUUUCUCUUGGGAGGACAGUGCAGAAUGGUCCCCCCCAGAAGGCAGAGUGGUGUGUGUGUGCGGAGCGUGUGCGCGCUCCUGACGCUUCUCCUGAGCGGCGUGUCCGUGGCGACGGCCGAGGAGUACGACUACUACAGCUGGCAGUCGGAUAACUUCCACACGGGCCGCUCCUACGCCAAGCAGCCGCAGUGCGUGGACAUCCCGGCCGACCUGCGCCUCUGCUACGGCGUGGGCUACAAGCGCAUGCGGCUGCCCAACCUGCUGGAGCACGAGGCGCUGGCCGAGGUCCGGCAACAGGCCGGCAGCUGGGUGCCGCUGCUCGCCAAGCGUUGCCACGCCGACACGCAGGUGUUCCUGUGCUCGCUGUUCGCGCCGGUGUGUCUGGACCGGCCCAUCUACCCGUGCCGGUCCCUGUGCGAGGCCGUGCGGGACGGCUGCGCCCCCGUCAUGGAGACCUACGGCUUCCCCUGGCCAAGCAUGCUCCAGUGCAGCAAGUUCCCCAUCGACAACGACCUCUGCAUACCCAUGCAGUUCAGCGGCGGACAUGCCACGCAGAUGCCAGUGUCUAAGGUGUGUCCUCCCUGUGAUAAUGAGCUGAAGGCUGACACCAUCCUGGAGCACUUCUGUGCCAGCGACUUUGUCCUGAAGAUGAAGUUUAAGGAGGUGAAGAAGGAGAAGGGGGACCGUAAGCUGAUUGCCGCCCAGAAGAAGAAGAAGGUUCUCAAGAUGGGGGUUCUGCGCAAGAAGGAGCUGAAGAAGCUGGUUCUCUUGAUCAAGAACGGCGCCAACUGCCCGUGCCCGCAGCUGGACGCGCUGAGCGGCGCCUUCCUGGUCAUGGGCCGUCGCUCGGACCAGCAGCUGCUCAUCACGGCCGUCCACAAGUGGGACAAGAGCAGCAAGGAGCUCAAGUUCGCCCUGAAGUACAUCAAGUCCCACCAGUGCCCCUCUUACCACACUGUUUUCCAGUGACACACACACAUGAACACACACAUACACACACACCCACAUGAACACACACACACACACACACACAUG